GUGGGGGCGGGGGUGCGACGUUGCUAGGCGACGUGCUUGUGUGACCCCAGCCUCGCGAGGGCGGCUCGGUGUCAUCGCCACUGGCCUCGAGAACCUGCCGAGGGAAAGCGGCCUGAGGGCCAGGAAGCGGAGGCCUGUUGUGGCGACGCUGAGAUGCCGGUUGGGUCCAUCCGAGACUCUCCUGAGUCCUUUGGAUCCCUGAAUAUAGAUGGGAGGAUGACAACAGCAACACGACAAGAAGUUCUUGGCCUCUACCGCAGAAUUUUCAGGCUUGCGAGGAAAUGGCAGGCGGCAUCAGGGCAGAUGGAAGACACCAUUAAAGAAAAACAGUACAUAUUAAAUGAAGCCAGAACACUGUUCCAGAAAAACAAAAAUGUCUCAGUCCAGCCACUCACAGACACAGACCAGAUUAAACAGUGCAUAGACGAAUGCACAGCCAGGAUUGAAAUUGGACUGCAUUACCAGAUUCCUUAUCCAAGGCCAAUUCAUCUGCCUCCAAUGGGCCUUACCCCACUACGAGGCCGGGGACUUCGAAGCCAGGAAAAACUGAGGAAACUUUCCAAACCAGUAUAUCUCAAGUCUCAUGAUGAGAUUUCUUAACCCUGAAGAAAAUUUAUUUCUCAGAAAGAUGAGCCAACUAGGUCUUGAAUGUAAACCAGAUGACAAAACCCUUCUGUUUGAUUAGGGGCAAAAAUUAAAGUAUCUUCUUAAAAACCUCCAAAA